CAGCCGGAAGCUUGUCUCCGCUCCAGAGAAAUGGCUGUUCUCUUUCUUACAAUGCACUAGCAAUAAACCUCGACGUGUAGCAGGUGAUGAGUUACAGGAGCGGACUUGCUGCACCGAGGCCGGUCGCUGCCCCGCGUUAUGCUGCAGAAUAAGAACACUUCAUCUCUAAUCUACAUGAGCGAGGAGUUUUCUUGUUAGCUAGCUGCUAGCCGGCUAGCGCGUUAGCCGCAAAGCCGAGCACCUGUCAGCCAGCGCCGUUCGGUACAGCCCGUUAACGGCAGACACAUAAGAGCUGCAGCCCGGAGACAGCAGCCUCUCCGUUUCAAUAGCAGACAGUUCAUUGGUAACCCCGCGCCUAAAUGCCCGAACAAGGACCCAGAAUGAAUGGGUUUUCUCUCGGCGAACUAUGCUGGCUGUUCUGUUGUCCACCGUGUCCCAGUCGCAUCGCGGCCAAGCUAGCUUUCCUCCCCCCGGAGCCCACGUACUCCGUGCACACCGAUGCUAACGGGGUAACUAGCUUACAUUUAACCGAGCGGGCGGACUGGCAGUACUCCCAGCGAGAGCUCGAUGCAGUGGAGGUGUUUAGCACCAGGAGCAGCCGGGGUAACCGGGUCGGCUGUAUGUUUGUGCGCUGCGCCCCGAACAGCCGGUACACGCUCCUGUUCUCCCACGGUAACGCCGUGGACCUGGGACAGAUGUGCAGUUUUUACAUCGGCCUCGGCUCCAGGAUCAACUGCAACGUGUUCUCCUACGAUUACUCAGGGUACGGAGUCAGCACCGGCAAGCCCUCAGAGAAGAACCUGUAUGCGGACAUCGAGGCGGCCUGGCAGGUUCUGAGGAACAAGUAUGGUGUAACCCCUGAGAACAUCAUCCUGUACGGUCAGAGCAUUGGCACCGUGCCCACCAUCGACCUGGCUGCUCGCUAUGAAUGCGCCGCUGUCAUCCUACACUCACCACUCAUGUCAGGGCUACGAGUGGCCUUCCCUGAUACACGGAAGACCUACUGCUUUGAUGCCUUCCCCAGUAUUGACAAGGUGUCCAAGGUGGCGUCCCCAGUGCUGGUGAUCCACGGAACGGAGGACGAGGUGAUCGACUUCUCCCACGGCCUGGCCAUGUACGAGCGCUGCCCCCGUGCCGUCGAGCCCCUGUGGGUGGAGGGAGCCGGCCACAACGACAUCGAACUGUACGCUCAGUACCUGGAGAGACUCAAGCAGUUCAUCUCCUUCGAGCUCCCCACCUCCUGAGGGGAGCUCAGCACUCAGGCCGGGGUUCAUCUCAACACACUCAAGAAGCCUCCCCCUUAUCAUCUCCCAACUUCCUCUCUUAGCAUAGGGGCAGGACUGGUGUCAACUGAUCACGCUGAUCCCCCUCCCCCCCGUCCUUGGAGCCAUUUCAGGGUGGGAAUGUGUAGUGGACUGGAAGAGAGGAGGUGGUUUUAGAAUGUUGAGGUGCAGCCGAGGGUAAGGCCAGUACCAGCCAGGUGUAAAGCCCAGGCUUAACAUGUCCCCAGAACCUGGCUGGUGCUCUUACACAUGGACACGGUUUGCCAACGAACCCGGGCCUAGACGGUGUUUGCACUCAUUUCCCACUCCAGCUCUCAGCCUCCUUCCCCUCCUCCACUCACUCUGUCUCUUGCACCUUUUCUGUGUUAGUGUCUCCCACUGUGAGCUUCAGUCCGUCACAUUUCCUCAUUCUCCCUCUGUUUCUCCCACGAUCCCUUGUUUUCCUUUUGACUGAGAGUCUGCAAUGUUCAAGCUUGAUUUUUGUAUUCUUUUAUACAAGGUGAUGAAGUAUCAAUUUUGCACCACUAGAUGAAAUCGAAGUUUUUUACUUUUUCUGUAUUUUUAAGUUACCAUUCAGGGUUGAUUAAACAAUUGCACUUUUAAUGUGCAGAUAUUUUCAGGUAAUGAUUUUUUCCAUGUUUGGAUAUGUGUAGUUGAUUUUUUUGUUAUCAGCAUUCCAUGUUUUUUCUUAAUUGCUUUUUUUUUUUUCAAUGUGUGUACUUAAAAGCUGUUAACCAGAGUGCAACCCUGCACAUCUGGCCUUUUGUAGCUGUGAUCUUUGUAGUCCCGAUGCACGAUGCUCCCUCACACACAGGGAGCGCCAAACUCCAUUUAGAACUCUAGCAAUUUACCAAACGCCUUGCUCUGGCGAACACGCGUACAAUUCUCGUUUAGUGUUUGAUUACUUUUGAGCCACUGCUAAAUUGUGGAUGCAAACAGCGCCUUCAGUGCUUCGAUAAUAUCAACAUUCAGAAUAGGGUCACAACAAUUGUACAAAAUGAUACGAAAUGAAUGGAAGGCUGCGGUAAAGAGCAGUGUUAACCUAAAGUGUUCAUUGAAUUGUGAUUGGUGGAUCAUCUAUAUGCACAAUUGAAUGCUAAAUUUACCAGAUGCCUAAAUGAUUUGUAAAAUAGCUCAAUGGGUCAGUAAGUGAACUACUCACCAACAUAGGCUCAAAUAGAAUCAAACACAUCCUGACACCCCAGGUGAAGCCACUGUUGAAAAAGUAAUAUUGCUCCCUAACCCACAUCCUUAUUUGGAUUGUCAUUUAGGCUACGUUCACACUGCAAGCCCACCUACCCGAAAUGAACCUGAGACACUUCAUCAUAGACCCUGCUUCAUUAAAAAGGAUGGCCUAUAUUAGGCAUACCAGUUAAUCCUAUGACUUUUGGGAGCAAGUGCUGUCCCUGUAUUGUCAAGAAAAACUCCUGGUUUCUUAAAAGGAAUGGGAACAGGUCUAGAACACAUAAAUCUAGAGUAACAAAGAAGUCACAUGAAAUCUGAAAAAUAAUCAGACCUUGAUAUGGUCUGCUAUAUUUGGACAGUGGCUCAAAUCAGAACUGAAUUGUCAUUUGUAAUGUAGUCUUAUGAAAAAAAACAGAUCUGAGUCACACGAGUAAAAUAACUCGGAUUUGUGCCUGCAGUGUGAACAUAAUCUUGUGUAUGCAUCAAAUUCCUCCCUCCUUGUAUCUGUAAAGUCACACCAGGCUGGGAAAUUUGCCAAAAAGCAACCAGUAUUCCAACUAGUAAUACAGUAGCUUACCUCAAUAGAGAGAGCAGCAGGCAUCGGGACUGUGCUUCUGUUAACUGGAGAUCAUGCGGUAAGACUUGACUGCUGCUGCAAACAGAAGCAAACUUGACUCAGUACUGUAAAGUGAAGCCUGGGAGCAUGGUGCUGGGUUCACCUGCAGACAGAAGUACUUGGAACUCGGCUCCGUUUGAAGGUGUCCGAGGUGGGCAUGCUGUCGACGGGGUCUGGGCUCGUACUCCAUUUUACCAGUCACUUACACUACAGGUAAAAAGCCUUACAUUCGUGGACGUUUCACCCAGUCCCGUCGACUACAGCGGGGCUCUCGUAGUCUUCGGGGGGGCUGAUAACUGCUGCUAUUCAUCAGAGGAAUCAAUCAGUCAAUCACUGUGACAGCCAGACAUUUCGGGGAAACGCGGCAAAACCAAAUUCACCCUGACCACUGUCAGCCAUGUUGUUCCUGCCCGCAGCAGGAGAGGAACCUUUUGCCAACACUUGUUGUCUACUGAGCCCCGUGACAGUUUGCUCUCAUCCCAGCUCGAACUCCAAAGACACCCGAAGGAACCUCAAAGGGGAAGCGGAAUGCUGUGGAAGGAAGCGACGCAUGCAAAUCACCUCAUAGUUGUGGACAUUUCAACUUGUAUCUGAAUCGUUUGUUCUUUCUCUCCCCUGCAAAUGAAUGAAAAAGUAAAAAAGUAAAGUAAAACAAGUAAAGUAAGACACUAAGUCAAACACUUAAAGCUAAACAGUCACACAAAAAAGAAGUACAACACUAUCACACUGAGUGCUGAAAACAUUUUCAGAGGAUUGCGGUCGAGGGAUAUUUGCAUAGCAACUUGUGGUGGUCGUUGGAUUAAUCCGUGUAUUGCUGUGAAGUGCUCUGUCAGUUGGGUAUUAGUGUUUUCUGAUUCUAGCUAAUGUUGGGCCGACGUUUUUGGAUAACGAGCCCUCGAUCAUCUCUAGUAUAUUUCCUCUAGUUCCUCUUUUUGAAGGAAAUGAAGAUCCUGCUCUAGUCCUGAUUAUCGUUUUGAUACUGACAUUUUUACGAGGUUUUCCAGUCUAAAUGUUGAUAGAUUUACACUGUCUCUGAAGCUGGUUUGUACGAUAAUCCUCUGUAAUAGUAUACUUCAAUAUCUUCUCUAUACAUAUUAGCCCUCACGUGGGGCGGUCUAGUCUCAUUGAUUUUAACACUGGAAUCACAAUAUGCAAAUGAAAGGCAGAUGAAGCUUGUAGAAUCCGAUUUCGGUAAUAGCUUGUAAAAGUGAUGAAAAAGCCUUAAACAUGCCGUGAAACAGAUUGUCAUAAAUGUGGUUGUUGUUGCAAGAAAGCAGCACAAUGGAUGUUUUAAUGCUUAUAAUGGAAUAAAGAAUGCAUGGAAGUGUG